AUGGACGCGACGUUGGCAACAUUCGACACUGUGGAGACAGCGGACUGCGUGGAGUCAUGCCCUGUGGAAGGAUUUGAGUCAUCGAUGGUGGUGGCCACCUAUCAGCUCCAUAAGGCAGCGGAGAUAGGAGAGUCUGAGGACAAGCGUAGCGGCACGCUCCAGCACUUUCAGUUGACCUGCGACGACGAGGCCAGUACCGAUGGCGCAAACGUCUCCGUGCAAAAGCUGGAAGAGACCACGACUUCUAGCGGUAUCUUUGACAUUAAGUGGAAUACAGAGGCCAUGAAUGGCAAAGCGGUGCUGGGUGCCGCUACGGCUGCCGGAUCAUUGGAGCUGUACGAGUUGGUUCGUGAAGGUGGCGCACAGAAGUUGCGCCGCUCUGGGCUGACUACAGACGCAGACGCUGCCUCCAUGUGCCUGUCAUUGGACUGGAGCAAUCGCGUGCAUUCGAAUACCCAGCCGUCCAUCUGCGUGAGCCACUCGGACGGCGCACUGUCGGUUUGGGACAUCGCGUCACAGGGCAUCGUCCAGACAGAUAAGUGGCGUGCGCACGACUUGUUCGGCUCGCCUAUAGAGGCGUGGAUCGCAGCCUUCAAUUGCAACGACUCGAACGUGCUGUUCUCGGGCGCAGACGACGCAGCACUGAAAGGAUGGGAUUUACGCGCGGGCACCUCAGCUCCGACCUUCAAGAACACGCGGCAGUACUCCAUGGGCGUGUGCAGCAUCCAGUUCCAUCCAAACGACGAGCGUUUGGUUGCCGUGGGCAGCUACGAUGAGCAGGUCGCGAUCUGGGAUCACCGCAGCAUGACGCGCCCACUGGCCGUACACAGCUUUGGUGGCGGCGUCUGGCGACUCAAAUGGCACCCGGCCGACAACCGCAAGGAGCUGCUACUGGCCGCAUGCAUGCACAACGGCUUCCAGGUGCUGGAGCUGACGAAGAACCAGACCGAGCUGCACAAGGCCGCGAGCUAUGACCGCCACGAGUCGCUCGCGUACGGCGUGGACUGGUGGCUGCAUCCAGCGGCUCUACAUGCCAAAGUGCCUGUGGUGGGCUCGGCCUCCUUCUACGACCACACCUUCCAUGUUUGGCGCCAACCAGUUUGUUGA